AAUAACUAAUUUCAUUAUGUACAUAUUUGUGUAUUAACCUAUUAUGAAUUGCAGGAUACACACUCGCACUUUUGGGUAGUCAGCUAAUUUCUCCAUUCAAAUAAGCAUAAGCGGCAGUGGAAAUACUGUCAACGUCAGUACUGUGGGGGAGGGGAGACAACUCCUAGGUGGAGCCAGAGACGAGGAGGAGGAUCUCUGGUGGCGCUGUGGGGGUUAAUGCUCUUUUAUGUAUUAAGCCUUGUAGCUCUUUGACGUUUAGAACGGUGUAAUGUAACUGAGGCCACAGAGUACAACAAGCACAGCAUACAGGAAUGAGGUUCCCUCCUUACAUUUGGUACUGACAGAUUAAUUGAUUGGAGUAAACCUUGAUUCAUCAAAACAUUGAUUCAGCUUGAAGUGUUGUAUGUUGGCUUGACCUAUGUUUUGUUUUUAUUAUAGCCACAUUAAUCUAUUAAAUCCUAUUUGUCAAUGGAUUUCAGCCUAACAGAUUUGUAUUGAACAGUCCUUUUUAGGUUUGCAGUGUUCAUAAAGAGCAAUAAGGCCCCCUCCUGGCACCAGUAACUCGUUUUUGUCUCAUCAAAAUGAUUGCACCUCUUUUUUCCUUGUUUUCAGAUAUCCAAUCAGCUAGACUCCCUUAGUAGAAACCUAUUGUUUGGGGGUGGAUUGAAGCAUUAGCAUGAAGCAUGUGUUGUUGUUACUUGUGUAGUAUUUUGCUUCUUAGCUAGAAAUUCUCCAUUAUUUUUGACAGGCACCACUAAGGUAACAAAAGAGAAACAGAGAAAGUACAUUCAUGUGUCUGCCUCACAUUUUGUAUUUUGAAUAGGGUACCUGGCAACGCUGCUCAUGAAUUGGACUAGAACAUAUGCAGAAAAUUAUUAUUUGGGUUCUAGCAACUUGGAACACAUCAACAUUUGCUGAAUUUGACAGUUUUCUUGUACUCCAGAGGUUUGUAUCAAAAACAGACUGUUUGUCCAUUCUAUCUGUGGUCUGACGCAGGGCCAUUUGCAGUGUUCAGUUGUUGCAGCUAACAUGAUCUUAGAUUUCAGUAAGGGCACCAGUCCAAUUAUGUGACAGAUCGUUUUUCAUCAUGGUUUAUUGAUGGCUACAUGAUGGCUACAUUAGAAGCACAUUAUCACCCUCUAGUGAAAGCAAUGGUUAGGCUAAGUGGUGGGCCAUAAAGUCUGCAUUCAAGUUAGGUUCAUUAACACACUCAAAGCACUCUCCUGAUUACUUCCAAUGGUGAAAACAUACAGUAAAUGCGACAGUGUCACUUGUGAUAGCAUUUGUUGCUCCAGUACGGAGAUGUCCACUCAGGUAGGACCGAAGCUCAAUAUUCUUCGCUUGGCAGACUGAUAGAUUGUGCCCCUGCAGCCCAAGAAUAGAUAGAUACAAGACAUUGCUUAUUAGGAACAUUGCAUAAGUUGCUAUUAUCAACUGUGUGCUUUUUUGCCAUAAGCUAGUAUAGUGUUAAAAUAAUCUAUUAACUGCAAAUGUUUGCUGUUUUGAACCAAAUGUGUCUUGUCUUUUUUAGUUUCCUUUAUUGCAUACUUGCCUCCUGUUUGAUAUAAUUUCUUGCUUCGUAGAUGGUUGAUCCAUGUAGCAGAGUAGUAACUUCAAUUACUGCCCCACCCACUGCUCUCUCUGAGGAGAUGCACACCCUGACAGAAGUUCCUUUGUUUUAGUCUGUAGUGUGAAGUCACACAGGCUCCUGUCCUGUGUUCUCUCCCUACUCUGCUCUUCCCUGCUUGUUGUUCCCUUGGAGUUUUACAUUUACAUUUUAGUCAUUUAGCAGAUGCUCUUAUCCAGAGCGACUUACAGUUAGUGAGUGCAUACAUGUUUUUUGUGUGUUUUUUUCAGUUUUGAGGCAAGUCUUCUGAUAUCUUCUCAUUCAGACAGAGAUACUGCUUCAGGAAGGAGCCUUGCUUCAGACUGGCCUAAAAUGGGCAGAAAGGGUGCAGAACAAAAGCUGCUUGUUGCUUGUACAAAAGUACUGAAGCGCUGCAGCCGGGACCAAGCUGCUAUGCUAAUGCCUGUGCCUCUCAACAGGAAAGAGAGCCAAAAUGUUCCCGAAGGGCACGAAGCGCAAGUUUUCCGACUCCAGGGAGGAACCUGUGGCAGGCGGUGAGGAUGUGAAUCAGUCGAGUUCGGCGGCUGUGAGGAUGCUGUCGUCCUACAGCCUGCAGCGACAGUCCCUGCUGGACAUGUCCCUGAUAAAACUGCAGCUGUGCCACAUGCUGGUGGAGCCUAAUCUGUGCCGUUCAGUGCUGAUUGCCAACACGGUGAGGCAGAUCCAGGAGGAGAUGACUCAGGACGGCACCUGGCAGAUCAUGACCCAGGCCCUGAGUGCUGCCAACGCUGCUGCCCAGUGCUCUGCAGACCGCCUAGUGGCCACUGAGGUGCUGUGUCGGCAGACAGAGGUAGCCCAGGGGGAGCAGGUCCCCAAGCCCUUCCCAGCGGUGGGGUCAGAGGGCUGCCCUGCGGAGGAGGAGGAGGAGGAGGUGGUGGUGGAGGAGGAGGAGGAGGAGGAGGAGGAGGAGGAGGCGGCAGAGGGGGGGAUGACCAUGUCCACGGUCUCCCCCCAAGCCCCAACCUCCUACCUGCCAGGCACCUUUAGCAUGGACCCCUGCUGGGAAGAGGAGGGGACGGGUGAAGAUGAUGAUGAUGAGGAGGACAGUGAGGAGUGUGGGUCUGGAUCGGAGGGGGAGGAGAGGGAGGAGAGGGAGCGUGACAGACUGGUGGAGGACUCCAGGACAGCAGAGCAGGUCUUUGGCACGUUCGAGAUCAAAAACCCUGCGCCCAGCCCCGACCCUGCCCUGGAGGAACUGUUUUCAGACGUGGAUGCGUCUUACUACGACCUUGAUACAGUGCUGACAGGCAUGCAGAGUGUGCCUAAAAUGGGGCCCUACGACCUCCUGGAGAGCCUGUCCUCCCAUGGGCCCUCACCCCUCAGCUCCAGCACCAGCUGCCGAUCAGACCUCAAUGAACUGGACCACAUCAUGGAGAUCAUAGUGGGCUCCUGAGAAACAACACAUUCCCAUGCAUACUGACUUUGCAGACUCUUUACAGACUGUGCACAUGGUGCGUACAUGGAUAUGGUGUUAUUAUUAUACGUUCAGAUGUUGAGGGUUUAUGAAAUCAAGAACUUAUUCAGUGUUACCACAUGCAGCUGUGCAUCUCUAAAUGGGCAGACAUUACAACCUAUACCAUUUAUGAUUUUUCUUAUUUUACAUACUUUUCUAUAUUUCCUUUUGUCAUACAAUCUAUUUUUCCAGUUUUGUUUUUAUUUAUUGUUAUAUGUAUAGACUGAAGAACAAUGUCAUUACACUACACACAAAUAGAGACCGGAACAUCCAAACCUCUGAAGCAAUGCAUAUUGUCCUAAAGAGUAAAACAAAUAUUUGUGAAAUAUAUGUAUAUGUACGUACGUAUGUAUAUAUAAAUAUAUUUUUAGCAACAUACAGUUUGAGAAAUUUACCAGUAUGAUUUAAUAUAAUUUCUCCCCCUAUUGUUAAUCUGACAGAGAUUUUAAUGUAGCCAGAUUCACCCAAUGUCUUCCUAUGGUUUGGGUUUAAGCAUUUAAGUCUCAAGACGGGCGCUGUUUUUCCCACUUGAUUUGAAUCCAUCCCUUACACCUAGAGUAGAUUUGUUAAAGUAUUUAGAGAAACUCUUGCUUGAUAUCAGCAUUAAGAAGCCAUAUUUUCUGAUAUUUGUAUUACUACAAAUUUAAGAAUUAUUGGUUGACCAUUAAGUUAUUAUUUAUUUAAUUUAUUAAAUACAGACAAACAUGCCACGUAGAUUUUUCAACUGAACCGUGUAGACCCAUGUGAUAUAUUUUAUAUUAUAAACCGGGUGGUUCGAGCCCUGAAUGCUGAUUGGCUGAAAGCCGUGGUAUAUCAGACC